AUGUUUGCUAAAUUUGUGAUUAUAACAGUUUUUCUUUUACUAUCCGUCAACUCUUUGCCAUCACUUAGAUCUUCGACUGAUAGUACUAUACAACCUAUUUCGUAUGAUUGUCUAACUUGUCUCUAUCAAACCACACCAGGAUGCAGUAACCAACACAGACCUUGUUUGGAUAAUCGUUGUGGACCCCUUUGUAUUACGAAAGCAUAUUGGGAAGAUGCUGGAAAAUUAACAAUAAAUAAUGAAAAACCAAGUGACCCCAAUGCAUCUGUUCAUUGUCUUAAUGAUCAAGAUUGUGCUUUUAAUGUUGUUAAAUCAUAUACUCAACGAUUUGCUCAGGAUUGUAAUAAUGAUGGUGUUAUUAAUGAUGAAGACUACGUUCGUAUUCAUCAUCUUGGUGGAUACGGUUGCAAUGGUGCUCUCAACUCUGAUAAUGAACGUUUAAUAAACACUUGCAUGAAUCAAAAAAAAAAUAAAAAUCAUUACAGUUUUGCUGGUAGAACAUUCAAAAAAGAAUAA